GUUUUUUUCCCCCCCUUCGCUCCUCUGCCUCCUGUGACGUCACCGUGCAGCACCAGCUGAUGCAGUGACUCCUCAGCUGUCUCUCCUCAGAUCCUGCUCCUGGUUCUGCUCCUGGUUCUUCUCGUUCACUCGGAUCGGGUUUUCUUCUUCUCCUCCUCCUCCAGAGACGACAUGUUCCCCGGGCAGAGGACCCCGCUGCUGUGGCUUCUCCUCCAGGCCGCGGUCGUGGCGACGUGGUGCUUCUCUGACAUGGAAGUGGGGCCUGGCAGCGCAGGUGUCGCGACGCAGCCGAACGGAGAGAACGGCUUCAAGAUCGAGGGCAGGGCCAUCGUCCCCGGGGUGAAGUCCCAGGACUGGGUGUCCACGGCCCGGGUCCUGGUGGAGGGAGAGGAGUACGUCGGGUUUUUGAGAAACGAUGGAAGUUUUGCAGUGAAUGACGUCCCUUCAGGAUCGUACGUCGUGGAAAUCGUCACCCCGACUUUUAGAUUUGAACCAGUGCGUGUGGAUAUCACAUCCAAGGGCAAAAUGAGAGCACGUCUUGUGAACUACAUCAAGACGUCAGAAGUCAUUCGGCAGCCGUAUCCUCUCCAAAUCAGAGCCAGCGGCCCUCACAGCUACUUCAUGAAGAGGGAGACCUGGGGCUGGACAGACUUCCUCAUGAACCCGAUGGUUAUGAUGAUGGUUCUGCCCCUGCUGAUCAUUGUUUUGCUGCCCAAAGUGGUCAACACCAACGACCCAGAGAUGAGAAAGGAAAUGGAGCAGUCCAUGAACAUGCUGAACCCUAACCCUGAGCUUCCAGACGUCUCAGAGCUCAUGACCAAGCUUUUCUCCGGCUCCAAGGGCUCCAGCAAGGCAAGCAGCAGCAGCAAGGGCACGAGGCCGGCUGUCAAGAGGAGGUAGUACUGUACCGUACACGUCUCCUCAAAUCAGCCUAAAGAAGCAAGAUUUUUAAGUGUCACUUCCCCGUCUGGGUCUAUUGUACAGUUUUCUUUAUUAAUAGAUGUUCAUUUCUUUUAUUCUAUUGGAAACUGAGCAAAAAAAAAAAAAAAGUUUUCUUUUUUCAAACGGCACUGAGAAAUUUCUUAAAAUCUGUAAAUCUUCAUUUGCUCUUUACUUUCAAGUGGCUCUAUCACUCUUCCAUCUUUUGUGUGCUAACCCUCUGGUGUGCAUUUUCCCACAGCUGCUAAUUCCACUAAGUGAAAGAGAACAUAUAUAUACAUACUCAGAGAUUUCCUUGUUAUUCUUUUUUUGUUUUCUUCAGUAAUACGACUGUGAAUGAAGAUGAAUUGAAUUUUAAGACUGAGAAAAUCUUAUUUAAAAAGCCUAGAAAAUAAAAUUGCAAUGGUUAUAUAACAGCUUUGUUUUUAUUUCUGACCGUCUUGUUUGUUUGGAAGUGAUCACACGGCCUUCUCAUUUUUUCUGAAUUAUUGAGUGAAGAGUAAAAAUUCACGUACGGUACGAUACGUGCCUUUAGGUGUAGAAUUGAAAUGAUGUUUACUAGCAGGUGAAAGAGUGAGAAGAGCUGUGUUCGCCUUCAAGAUCUUGAGUGCACUUGACUUUCAAUAAACCUGACGGUAAAGACCACAUUAAAGUCACAAUAAACUGUG